AGGACUUUUGCGAAAAGUCGUGCCUGGAACUUUUUUCGCUGCGUGGAAAAACCGUGGCUGCAAUUGAAAUGAGACAGAUUGUUCCAGAGAGACUUCAAGCUUUUCAUUGGAGUCAAAGCUGAAUCUGAAACGUUUAGCUUUCAACAUGAGUGCGUCUGUUCAGUAUGAUUUACACUUGGGAGAUUCACUCCAUCCCGCUUCUACCCAAGGACGUGAAUUUAUUUUGAUGCGAUAUGCCUCCAAACCCAACAUCAGCAGUUCUUCUUCUAAGGAAACUAGCUGCGUACGCAACGCUGAAGGUCGGCACCUUGUUUCAUGGAAGAACGAUGAGAGCAAUCAGGUCACAUAUGAAGGCAACGAGAACACGACACAAGAUCUUGAUUGUUUAUUACUAUACGAUGAAGAGAAACAGACAUUUGUGCUAGAACGACCACGUUUACUUUUGAGUAUGCGUAAAGCAAGGAAGACUCAGACAACUGGAAAGAAAUCGGCUGCACCAAUUCAGACAGAGAACGUUGGCCGUGAGCCAGCUGAGACAAAUACUCGAAGCGAUAUAGAGAAUACUAGCGAAGACGAUUUCGAAAUGGACAUUUUCAAGGGCAUGGAAGAGUUACUAGAAGAAGAAGACGAUGAAGAAGAUACCAAAACUGGCAUUAGCAGCUCCAUGGAAGACGUACAGCCGACAGAAGUUCUUAUCAAGCCGUUGGAGACCGUGUUGGAAGCCAUGGAUGUCAACCCACCUUCACCUGCACCUCGGUUAGAAACCAAGUCAGCGACAAACUCUCCAAGAAUCAAUGAUCGACGGCGCAAACCUGCAUUGGCAUCGACACCAAUACGACGACCACUUACAACUACUAGUCUACCAUCUUCUCCAGCAAAGCCGAUCGCUCAUAUUGCAACACCCAUUAUGAAAAGUACCCCAUCAAAUCAACAAAAGUCGGCAGCCGCAUCUUCUUCAGAAUCAUCAUCUGGAAGCUCUGAUUCAGGUUCAUCAAGCUCAGGGUCUGAUAAUGAUAGUAGUAGCGACAGUGGAAGUGAUAGCGACGAUGAUUUUGCCAACUUGGCAGAGAAUAUUUCACAAACACUGGACAGCACGAACAGCGCACUGCCUUCUCAACCCGCUCGGCCGUCUCAAACAUUACCAAUUUCCACAAAUCUUGCACAACCUGGAACAAACAAACCUCGAUCUCUUCGAGCGUUUCUAGAUGAUGACGGGGAACCGAUGGAAGAAGAUGAUGCAAUCACUAGUAGCAGUAGCGAUUCUGAAUAAGUCAAACCCAAUCCCCCCCCCCCCUUGUUUUAUAC